AUGAGUCAAACCCCAUUACCUGCUACACCAUCAGCAUCUUUACCUACUGAUUUUUCGCAGAUUCCGGUUGACGCAUUGGAGUCAAUUCGAAAUAGGUUGAAUCAGAUUCACCUUUCACUACGGAAACUUUCCGAUCAAAUCAAUAACCACAACCGGCACCCGUCGAAAAUUAAGCUUCCCUCGUUCACACAUUUCCAGAACCAAUUCCAAAUCUUGAUUUUCCAACUUACUUCUGUUGCCAAUAUAUUGUAUAGUAACGAAGACCUAUUACGAAAUACAAAUGUUUACCCCACGGUAAGUUUCCCAACUAGUCAACAAGAAGGAUUGUUGACAACUUUAUUGAGAAAGAAGCCAUUACCCGAAGUCGACGAGUGGAUCACCUCAUCGAUAGCGAGUAUCGAUGAGCUACAGAAACUGGGCUCUGUUAACUUGCAAAAGGAUGAGGAGUUCAAAGCUUGGUGUUCUUUGAAAUUGCAAGAGUUGAGGGAAGAUAUUCAAUUUUAUGGAUUUGGGCUUGAAGAAGAUAUUUCUGACAACAAAGAGGCUCAACUUAAAAAAGAAGCAGAGGCAAGCAAAGUUGCUCAUGAUGCUAAAAUUACAGGUGGAAAGAAGGGGCUUCAUCCAAAUGUCGUUGCAAAAUUUAUGUGUCAAGGUCAGAUCUAA